AAUAUGCCUAGGUAUGAUGACCGCCGUGGUGGCACUCGCCUUUAUGUUGGUCACUUGUCCUCAAGGACAAGAUCACGUGAUCUGGAGGACAUGUUUAGCAGAUACGGGAGGUCCCUAUGCUUUUGCCUAACCCGGAGGUCUAUGGUGAGAGGGUGACCUUGGUGGAUUUGGCGAGUCUUUCUGUAGUGUUAUUGCGUGUUUUUAUCGAAAUGGCCACAAUCUCAAAAGUGGGUGUUUUUCGUUCAUCUGUGAGGGGCAAACUAUCGACCCUUCGAUAAUUGUGUCAUGAUGACCUUACUGUUUCUGGCACCCAUUUGCGCAGAGUACGUGAUGUGGAUAUGAAGCGAGACUAUGCAUUCGUUGAGUUCAGUGACCCUAGAGAUGCUGAUGAUGCAAGAUAUUCAUUGAAUGGUCGAGACCUAGAUGGAUGCCGUAUUGUUGUGGAAUUUGCCAAGGGAGUGCCCCGUGGCCCUGGGGGAUCUCGUGAUUAUGCUGGAAGAGCUCCUGCUCCUGGAUCUGGGCGCUGCUUCAAUUGCGGAAUUGAUGGUCACUGGGCUCGUGACUGCAAAGCCGGGGAUUGGAAGAACAAGUGUUACCGAUGUGGGGAACGAGGCCACAUAGAAAGAGAUUGUCAAAACAGCCCGAAGAAACUGAGCCGUAGACCUCGUAGUUACUCACGCUCACCUAGUCCCCGGCGUGGUCGAAGCAGAAGCCGCAGUUACAGCGGGGGGCAUAGUGACAGUAGAUCUCGAUCACCUGUGAAACGAGAAAGAAGCUUCGAGCUUGACGAUAGGAGAUCAAGGAGCCCCAAGCGCCACAGACGUUCUCCAUCCCCAACCCGAGGGAGGAAGCACAGUCCAGUACGCGAUGAAAGAAGCCCUUUCCCCGCCCGAAGGGGGAAGCAUAGUCCACCUCUGGAUGAAAGAAGCCCCCAAGAGAGACGUAGCCCAUCCCCAAGGGACCGCAGGCACACCAAUGGUUCGGAUUACAGUGCGAGUCCCAGGGGAAGGAGCAGAACUCCAGAUCAAAAAGCCGAUGCUGAGGACAGGCCUUAUAAGAGCUCCACAAAGGAAAAUGGCCACAGCCGCAGCCCUAGCCCGCCCCCUAGGGAGGAUCGAAGCCCUAUUUACGAUGAUGAAGAUGCUUCUCCGAGACGCAGCGAAUCGAAUUAAGCUGAAGUGGUUGGUAGGACUUGUUUGUAAUCCG